UCCUCUCCCGACAGGCUUUUAAAGGACCCCAGGAUGUCCAUGCUUGCCGAACCCCGGAGGAAGCAAAAGUGGUCUGUUGACCCCAGGAACAGCGCCUGGAGCAAUGAUGACUCCAAGUUUGGCCAAAAGAUGCUGGAGAGAAUGGGUUGGUCCAAGGGCAAGGGCCUUGGAAGAAGUGAGCAGGGAUCCACUGACCACAUCAAAGUGAAAGUUAAAAACAACAACUAUGGCCUGGGAACAAGUGCCAGCUAUGAGGAUAACUGGAUCGCCCACCAAGAUGAUUUCAAUGAGCUUCUUGCUCAGCUGAACAACUGCCAUGGUCAGAACAACUCCACUGAACCUCUGUCAGAAGAGCAAAAAGGAUUCAGCCUUGAAGCAAAGUCCAAAACAGCGAAAAAGAGGGUUCAUUACAUGAAGUUCACUAAAGGGAAAGAUCUGUCCUCCCGCUCUGAAACAGACCUCAACUGUAUCUUUGGAAAGAGAGGAAAAUCAGCCAAAGACCCAGACCAGGACAACAACAGCAGCGACUCUCAGGCUGACACGGAGGAGUCAGUCACUCCUGCCCCCCCUGAACUGGAUGCAGAAUCCAUCACAAAGACGGUGACCAGCUCUCUCACCAUGCAGGAGUAUUUCGCUCAGAGAAUGGCUCAGCUAAAAAAAGCCAGAGGACAGACCCAAAUGACUGAAGCCUCACCAGGAGAGGAAGCAGACGAAACCUCACGACCAUCUGAAGAACCAGAUCCCUCCUCUGUCUGCCGUGAUGGCUCAGAAGGGCUCAAAAAGAAAAAAAAGAAGAAGAAGAGCAAGAAGUCCUCUGAUGAUAUAGAAAUGGUGGAAGAAAAUAUUUCAACUCCUAUCGUCAUUGAGGAUGAUGGGAAUGAAGAACAGGAGCCUCAAAGGAAAAAGAAGAAAAAGAGAAAGUUGGUAGAAAGUGAAGAAGCUCCAAAUGAGACCUGCAGCUCCCCCUCUGGUGUGGAGAACUGUGAGGACAACUGUGAGGAGCUGCCUUCAUCCAAGAAGAAAAAGCAUAAAAAACACAAAAAGGAAGCUGAGCUAACAAAUGGACACACACAAACAGAGGAACAAAACACAGAACAUAGCAUAGUCCAAAAAAAGAAGAAGAAACACAGAGAGGAGGCUGAGGAUGUUGUAUACGAAGAUGACCAGGAGCCAGUAGAGAAGAAAUCCAAAAAGGACAAGAAAAAGAAAAAGAAACAUCAAGAACAGGAACUAAAUAACUAGCUGUUGGUUUCAUCAGUUAUACACUCUCUUCAUAAACUUCUCAUGUUAGUGGGGAAACGUGGUGAAUUAAUGACCUUGUAAAACAAAUUAAUUAGGGAUGAUAUACAUUUAUUUACAUUGAAAACUUAAAAGUGAACUUAGCUCAGAUUGUUGUUCUUACUGUGUUGAAGGACAACAAGCUUUUUAUUAACUCUCUUGCCAAAAUUAUGCUAUUAAAGGAAAGUACACGACUUCAGACUCACACAAAACUCUUGAAAAUUGUACUGAAUUUACCAGGAUGAGCAGCAUGUGUGAAUGCAAACAGCAGUUUUUUCACCCUGACUUCACCCUGAAAUUUCCCUCCAAGCAUAUGGAGCCCUAUGGAGCUCUUUUCAGACAUGCAACCUACCCUGAAAUUUUCCCAACUGUUUGUUCAAACAGCUGGAAGUUCUCCUGCAAUUUGCCUGUCAGUCAAACGGGGGCGGGGGAGGGAGAAGUACAAGGGGCUUGCAGAGUCAGAGCUGAAAGCUGCUUUUUGUGUUCACACAUGCAGCUCAUCCAGGUUAAUUCAGGGAAUUUUCAGGAAUUUUGUACAAGUGUAAAAAGGGCUUUAUUUUGCCCUCUCUCACCCCUCCACUGACUGAAGGGCAAACAGUAACACUUCCUGCUGUGAGGGUCAAGUGUGAAAAGCAAGUCAGAAAAUAUU